CUACAGGGGGCGCAAAAUAGUGAAGUAGGACAAAAGAAUUUCUAGGGUUUAAAAGCCAGGCAGUAUUGGCCUAUAUAUACGUGCAUAUUAGCAAGUUAGGUUUUGGGGCGUGCCUUACUUCACUGGAAACAGAAAGCUCUCCAAAACAUCAUCCAAAAUGCCCAAGCAAAUUCAUGAGAUUAAAGAUUUCCUUCUUACUGCAAGAAGGAAAGAUGCACGCUCUGUGAAGAUUAAGAGGAGCAAGGAUGUGGUCAAGUUUAAGGUCCGCUGCUCCAAGUACCUCUACACCCUGUGUGUUUUUGAUUCUGAGAAGGCCGACAAGUUGAAGCAAUCUCUCCCUCCAGGUUUGAGUGUGCAAGAUCUGUGAGUUGAUAGCUGGACUGAGGUUGUCAAUUAGUUUGUAGGACAAGGGGUUUCACUUUUGUCUGAGUUUACUUUUGUGAUUGAAAUAGUUCAGGAUUUUGGCUUGGUAUUCUAUCAUUGCCUUUGUAGUUUUCUAAAACAUGCAUUAUUGUGUUAUUUAAGCUCGACAGUCAUGUCUAUAACUUGUUUUUUCGGGUCUACUCUACUAUAUGGAUGAUUUAAGUGAAUUCUUUAGUCUGUUUCUUUU